UGUAAAAAUUACUUAAGAGAUAAUGUCUACAAAUAUCUAAAUAAAAACACUUAAUUCCAAAUAGGGAAAUCAAGUGGGUUUUGCCUAGCUAGUUGUAUAAAUAGAAACACAAUCGUAAUCUCUUCUUCCAUCGAGCCUUCUUCAUAAGAUAUUUCUUCUCUAAUAAUUGAAAGCAAAAGAAAUCAGUAUUUUUUUUAGAAAGGUAAAGAAAUGGAGGAAACAAAGGAGAGAAUGAUAGUAGUAGCAGUGGACGAAAGCGAAGAGAGCAUGGAAGCUCUUUCAUGGAGUCUUGACAAUCUUUUUCCGUAUGGUUCCAAUAAUACACUCAUCCUCCUCUACGUAAAGCCCCCUCUUCCCGUUUACUCUUCCCUUGACGCCGCAGGGUUUAUAGUGACCGGAGACCCGGUUGCAGCUUUGAAGAAGUAUGAAUACGAGCUCGUGGAAUCGGUCAUGGCUCGAUCUCGAACCGUGUACCAAGAUUAUGAGUCCGAUAUUAAUAUAGAAAGACGAAUUGGAAGAGGAGAUGCUAAGGAAGUUAUAUGCAAGGCAGUUGAGAAACUUAGAGCUAAUAUGUUAGUAAUGGGCACUCAUGACUAUGGUUUCUUCAAAAGGGCUUUGCUAGGGAGUGUGAGCGAGUAUUGCGCCAAACGAGUCAAGUGUCCUGUGAUUAUUGUCAAGAAGCAACCUGAAGAUAAUUAAAGCUCAUAUACUAUAACUCUUGUGAUUGUGUAUAUGUUUCGAAAGAACUGAUGUAACAUUUAAAUCUUCGUAUAUUGCAAUAAUAAAAUACACAACGGGUCUAAAUAGUAAUGACGGAAUAUGAUGAAAAAUGAUUUGAACAA